AUUCAUAUAGGAUAUAGUUAAUAAUUUACACUUCUGUACAAAACUUUGCGAAAAAAAUGAUACGACUGUUUUGUAAAAGAAAGUUUACAAUAAAGACAAACAUAGUUGGAACAUUUUCCACAUGUUUCCCAGACAUUGAUAUCGACUAUUAUUGUGACGUGAAAAAUUUAUCAGAAAUAAAACGCAAUAUACAAGACAGGAAAGGCAUAGGUGAUAUAAAUAAAGUUCUAGAAAUUUAUAGUUUAUAUAAAGAUACGCAAAUUGAUAAUCUUUCUCAUUCAUCAAUCAAAGAAACAUUAUAUAAGGAACUAGCAAAACUGCCUAAUAAAACUCAUCCUACGGUAAAGGAGUAUAUAGAAACACCUCAAGUGGUUCAUGAUAUAAAUAGAAAAAAAGAUUUUGGUGCACAUAAACCUUUAGAAUUUAGUGAAAUAACACAACUUUUAAAUUUGAUGAGAACUGACAAAUUAGGGUACACUUGUGGCAAUAAAAGCUACUACUAUUUAGGUGAAUUAGCUGAAUUAGAAGAAGCAUUAAUUAAGUAUACAGUUUUUUCAUUAUCAAAAAGGAAAUUUCAAUUAGUCUCUGUGCCAGAUAUAUUAUCAAGCAAUGUUCUGCAAAGUUGUGGAAUGACGAUAAACAGUGAUCGCACUCAGAUAUAUUCAUUGGAUCCUGUGCAUCAUGGUCCAGAUUUAUAUUUAUCGGGCACUGCAGAAAUGUCAUUGGCUGGCUUACUAACAGAUUCAAUACACUCCAAAAAAGAUUUACCUCUUAAGCUUGCAGCUGUGAGUAGAUGCUAUAGAGCUGAAACUUCAAAUUUAGUUGACGAAAGAGGAACAUAUCGAGUCCAUCAAUUUACUAAAGUUGAAAUGUUUAUUGUCACUAAACCCGAGAACUCUGAUGAAAUGCUUGAAUAUUUAAGAAAAACUCAGGAGGAAUUGUUCACACCUUUGGAUUUCCAUAUGAAAGUUUUAGAUAUGCCUCCACAUGAACUGGGUGCCCCAGCAUACAGGAAAUAUGAUAUUGAAGCUUGGAUGCCAGGACGCAAUAAUUAUGGUGAAAUUUCAAGUUGUAGCAACUGUACUGACUAUCAAUCAAGGCGACUCAAUAUAAAGUAUAUUGAUGACAAUAAGUUAAAAUAUGUCCACACAUUAAAUGGCACAGCAUGUGCAAUACCAAGAAUGCUCAUUGCAUUACUAGAAACUCAUCAAGAUUCAAAAGGAAAAAUAAAUAUACCACCUGUACUGCAACCAUUUAUAGGUGGCAAAAAAUGUAUAGUAAAAAAUUCUACUGUACCUAAAUUAAAGUUAAUGAAAUUAAAGAAGUAAAGAUUU